CCAGCGCCGGGAAAACUUCCUGCAUUUGCCAAGGACUGCUGGCUGGUUAGCAGGAAGGCUACACGCUGUGUAUUUAGACUUGCGGGCGUGAUCUGUACCGGCCUCCGCGCAUGGCGAGGGAUCUAAUCGGACCAGCGCUUCCGCCCGGCUUCAAGGCUCCCGGGGCAGCGGGGGACGAGGAGCGGGACCCCAGCCCUGUUGCAGGACCAGCUCUGCCCCCUAAUUAUAAAAGCAGUAGUUCAGAGUCAUCAGACAGCGAUGAGGACAGUAAUUCUGAAGGAAACCAAGAAUCUGAAGAAGAUGACACUGGUCCACCUGCAAGGAAACAGAGGAUAAAUCAAGAUGAUGAUGAUGAUGAUGAUGAUGAAGGAUUUUUUGGACCAGCCCUUCCUCCUGGAUUUAAAAAGCAGGAUGAUUCUCCUCCAAGGCCCAUAAUAGGUCCUGCAUUACCACCUGGUUUUAUUAAAUCUGCACAGAAAAGUGACAAAGGCAGAGAUGAUCCAGGGCACCAAGUACCAUCAUAUUUCAACUCUAAGGAAACGGAUAGCAGUGAAGAUGAGGACAUUGUUGGACCAAUGCCUGCAAAAGGACCACUUAACUAUAGUGUAACAGCAGAGUUUGAUAAAAGAGCCCAGAGAAUGAAAGAAAAACUGACCAAAGGAGAUGAUGAUGCAUCUAAACCAAUUACAAGGGAGUCUUGGAUGACUGAGCUUCCUCCGGAAUUGAAAGACUUUGGUCUUGGGCCCAGAACUUUUAAGAGAAGAACCGAUGUCAAAUCUGGAGAUCGAUCAGUGUGGACAGAUACUCCAGCUGACAGAGAAAGGAAAGCCAAGGAGACAAAAGAAGCGAAGAAGUCAUUCAAUAAGAAGGAUGAAGAACAUAUAUUGUCAGGAAGGGAAAAGAGAUUGGCUGAGCAGGUGUCUUCAUACAAUGAAUCAAAAAGAUCAGAAUCUCUUAUGGACAUUCAUCAAAAAAAACUAAAAAAUAAGGCUGCUGAAGAUAAAAAUAAGCCCCAAGAAAGAAUACCAUUUGACCGUGAUAAGGAUCUCAAGGUGCAUCGGUUUGAUGAAGCUCAGAAAAAAGCCCUAAUAAGAAAAUCUAGAGAACUAAACACCAGAUUUUCACAUGGCAAAGGCAGUAUGUUUUUAUAAGGGGAUUUCCCUGUACAAUGAAGAAAAGUUGAAGAAUACCUUUUUAUUGUCUGUCCACCUUUAUUCUUUCAUUUUAGGUUUCUUAAGUUUAGAGAUUACUUUAAAAACCAUACAAACUCACCUUGUUCUGUGCAUCCUUUAGAGUCUAGAGGAAACAUAAAAUUGGUGUUUCUUAUGUAGAAUAUAAUUUUAUGUGUCUUUGGCUUCUGAGAAAGUGUGGGCUUCAAUUAAUUAUUCUGGGGAUUCCCCCGCCAUGUCCUAAUUUUUAUGAUGGCUCACUGCCUCUCCUCCCCUCCCCAUUCCUUCCCUCCCCUUCCCUCUUCUCUCCUCUCCCUCUCCUCUCCCCUCCCUCUCCCUCUCCCCCCUCCUCCCUCCCCUCUUUUCUUCUUUUCCUCUUUUCUCUCUCUUUCUAAAAUUAACAAAAUUAAAUUAAAAAGUCAUACCAUUAACCAUGAGCAGUGUAAAGUGUAAAGCUCAGCUCUUUGAUCUCAGCCAAAACUUUGUAAGUCUACAAACUGCUUUGAGAUGAUCUCACUUUAUCCAUUUAUAAAUAAGAUUUUUAUCUAAUUUAUUGGGGACAGAUCUUUUAUAUCAAUCACAAAUAGCCUUUU